AAAAUCACGCCCUUAUCUAUCACGGUCGGGGUGCGAGUACGAUUGCAGAGAGUUUAAAAUUCAUUAAAAAUUCAGUAAUCAUGAAUUCCUCAACGACCAAUCUCUUUGACUCAUCUGUCAGGUGAACACGCGCACUUUUUUUCGAAGACCAGACAUCUCAAUGUCAUAUGCAGGGGCAAAGAACCAAAUAUAAGAAGAGAAAAAAACAGAGUUUAAUGCACUCCAACCGCUUUGAAACGAAUCUGCAACCUGACAUGAUUGGAAGUUUGCUCUACUUUAGGCGAUUCUAAAACCAGUGAUUUCAGAUGGGUAGAGGCACUGCAAUCACAAAAUCUAAAAAAUCUAUUUGUCCAUUGUUGUCUUUAUACUGGGACAAAUUGUGAGUGAAUGUGGAAGGCAGUAUAGUAGCAAAGGAGGACAGGUGAACAUUGAGAGAGUGAAAAGUAAUGAGGCACCAAUUAAGGAUUUAUAUAAAAUGCGCUCUCAAGAUAAUAAAUUCCAUCUUAACUGUGGUCGGAGUAGGAAUGAUAUCUUAUUCUCUAUGGAUGCUCAAGAAGUGGCAUGACCAACAACACACAGUGCAUGGAAUACAUGACCUUGGAGUUGUAACUAGACCCUGGUUUAUUUACACAUUGUUGAGCAUGGGCAUGUUGCUAUGCUUCAUUGCACUCUUAGGUCAUUUUGCUGUUGAAACUGCAAAUGGCUUCUCCCUUUCUAUUUACAUGUUUUUUGUUACAUCGUUACUGAUUCUUCAAGGUGGGGCUUGUUUCUACAUAUUUGUAAACAAGAAGUGGGAAGAUUAUGUUCCUGAAGACCCCACUGGUCGAUUUGAUCAGUUAAAGAAAUUUGUCAAAGAUAACAUUUUAAUAUGCAAAGGCAUUGGUGUGAUUACCAUUGCUGUGCAGGGGCUGACAAUAAUUCUGGCAUUCAUUCUUCAAAGUUUAGGGCCAGAACCUAACAAGGAUUCUCAAAAUAAUGAUGAAUAUCUAUUUAAACUGGCUGUAGAACAAUCCUUUUUGGUUCGGCCCCCAAGCCUGCCAAAUGCUCAUCCAGAAUCUAAAUUGCCUUGGGGCAAUAUUAAUAGCAUGGAAGCACAAGAGUGUGGAGUUGAAGAAGAGAAUUUAUCUUUUAGUCAAGUGGAGCAAAUUAGGAUUCCAUUUUUGAAUGGCAUACAAGCAGAAGACUGAAAAAUCGUGUGAAAAAACUAUAUGGACAUGGCAUGUGAACAAAAAUUCAGAAGAUUUUAGAUUCAAUAAAUCAGGUUCAUUUCCUUUUUCUUAGAGAGGGCUAAUUCAUUCGUCAUAGUUUUCUUAGUUACCUCCUGUUCGUAGUUUACUGCACAAGUCAAAGCAGGAAACAUGUACCGUAUGGCAAAAGAUGUAUUUUAGAGACAUUUCAACUUUAGUUUCCAGGAAGCAAAACAUUAUCAAUGUGCAGCUAAAAGUCCCAUUAAAUAUAUUUGUAGCAUAGUCAGAAGGGCAAUUGAAAACAAACUAGAAAAGUCAUUAUUUGACAGAAUUGGCGAAACUGUAUCAAAUAUUUCUAGUAUAUUUCAGCAUGUACCAAAUGUCAAAUAAUCAAAUACAUAUAAAGUUACAAUAUCAAUUUUGAGCAUGUUUAACACAAAAAAAGACACUGAAAAUAUAGAAAUGCUAAAGCUAUGGUUUGUUAA